CCCCCCGGUGGAGGAGGAGGAGGGGAAAAGGAGAGUAGCGAGGCCCGGGGUUGCCAGGGCAGCCGUCACUCUCAGCGAUUUCCAUGGCAACGGGGUGGCGAGGGGCGGGGGUGCUGGUCCUGGCAGGGAGGGCGGCGGCAGCGGCAGCGGCGUCCCCAUUCGGCAACACCUGGGCGCUGAAGUGGCGGACUUUCGCGACCGGAGCAGCAGCCAUGGCGGCCCUCAAGGUUGGAGACAAAUUGCCCAGCGUGGAGGUCUAUGAGGGAGACCCUGGCACCAAAGUGAAUCUUGCCAGCCUUUUCAAGGGAAAGAAGGGCGUCCUCUUCGGGGUCCCUGGUGCAUUCACUCCCGGAUGUUCAAAAACUCACCUACCAGGUUAUGUGGAGAAAGCAGGGCAGCUCAAAGGCAAAGGGGUGGAAAUCAUUGCUUGCCUUUCUGUCAAUGAUGUUUUUGUCAUGAAGGAGUGGGGGAAUGCUCACCAUGCCGAGGGAAAGGUGCGGAUGCUGGCUGAUCCAACAGGAGCAUUUGGGAAGGCCACAAACCUCUUGUUGGAUAAGGAGCCACUUCGAGAUCUCUUUGGGACCAACCGAUCCAAACGGUUCUCCAUGGUGGUGGAUGAUGGGAUCGUCAAGUCCCUGAAUGUGGAAGAGGAUGGGACAGGCCUCACCUGCAGUUUGGCCACCAAUAUUGUCUCCCAACUCUGAGGCCCGGGCACCUGGCCCUUCAAGGCUCUGGUCCCCCGUCUCCUGACUCCCGCAGGCCGAUCACCUUUGUGGCAUGCAGGAUUUGGCCCGGGAUCGGGAUGAGAUGGGCUUUGCAUAGUUGUUUUAAUCCCAUGCUCUAUCGGUUCGGUUAUCAUGGAUAUCAAACAGUCUAAAAUAAAGCUGUCCUGGUUGA